CUUCACUCUGUCUCUAUCAUUUCUCUGUUGUCCUCUCUUUCACAUCUCUGAAUCUGAGUCGUGAGACAUUAGUGAUACAAUAAGGAGGGAUAUUAGUAUUGUAACUUCACAAACUUCAGAAAUGCAAGCAAUCAGGUCUCUGUUUAUCCCCAUGUGGUCUUCAGAUGUGCGCCUAGAAGGGAAGACAGCUAUUGUAACCGGGGCCAAUACUGGAAUAGGCAAAGAGACAGCUAAAGACCUGGCCAGCAGAGGUGCACGGGUGAUUUUGGCAUGCAGAGACAUGGCAAAAGGAGAGCAGGCCGCUCGUGACAUCAUGAAGGAGGUGAAGGCAGCCAAGGUAGUCGCCAGGCAACUGGAUCUGGCUGACACCAAAUCGAUCUGCCAGUUUGCUGAAAAUAUCUACAACACUGAGAAGGCUCUUCACUACCUGAUCAAUAAUGCAGGUGUGGCUAUUUGCCCAUACAGCACUACAGUGGAUGGAUAUGAGAUGCAGUUUGGAGUCAAUCACUUGGGUCAUUUCUUCCUGACAUUUCUGUUACUGGACUUGUUGAAGCACUCUGCCCCGUCCCGGGUCAUCAAUGUGUCGUCGGUAGCUCACACGAUGGGCAAGAUUCAGUUUGAUGACCUGAGCGGUGAAAAAGACUACCACCCAGUCAGGGCCUACGCACAGAGCAAGCUGGCUAAUGUUCUGUUUACCAGAGAGCUGGCCAAAAGGACUGAGGUUCUAGGUGUGACAACUUACUCUGUGGAUCCUGGCGUGGUGGACACUGAAUUAACAAGGCACUUUAGGCGCCCUCUUUUGGAUGUACUCAAGACCUUUAAUUUUCUGGCCAGGACUCCAGCAGAGGGAGCCUACACCACCAUCUACUGCACCGUCACUCCUGAGAACCAGCUGCUCACGGGAGGAUACUACAAGGACUGUGCCAGAGCAGAGGCCUCCAGGGCAGGUCAGGAUGAUGGCACUGCCUUAAAGCUGUGGGCUGUGAGCUGCCGCCUGCUAGACAUCCGCUGGAGAUAAUCUUGCAGACUUAGAUUGGCUCUCCUACAUGCUAUGAAACAAUAUUCACGAGCACUACAAAUAUUAUGCUGAUGCUUUGGUUUAAUGGAAGCUGAAAAUGUAAAGCAUGUGACGGACAAAAUGUAUAUGCCUACAUAGGUAAAUAGGAUACACAUAUUAUCUAUAUAUUGUAAUAGAGUUCUGUCUGUAAAACACAAGGUAAAUGAACGUUGACACGAAAAUAAUAGCAACAGGUAUUAAAAGCA